AUGCCUAGACACCCAUUCUAUAAACGAUUACUAAAAGAAUAUCAGCAAAUAUGUUUGAAUAAACUACCAGGAAUAAAGCUCGUCACUAAUGAUGAUAAUCUAACUGAGUUUAUAUUCCAGAUCAAAGUGGGAAAUAACGUGUUAUAUCCAGACGACGAGCAGUACCAUCUUUCAAUAAAAAUAACUGAAAACUACCCCGUCGACUCUCCACAAGUCAAGUUUAUUAUCCAUGAGGAAGAUGACGACGACGACUCAAUAAUUAUCAUUGAUGAUGAUUCGAUUGAAAUUAUACCUCGCUCGGUUAUACCCAUUCAUCCACAUAUAUAUUCAAACGGCCACAUUUGUCUUAAUCUAUUAGGAGAUGAUUGGACACCAGCAUGUUCUAUAGAGUCGAUAUUAUUGAGCAUUCAAAGCAUGUUAAGCACAAACGACAAACGGGAAAGACCGCCUGACGAUACCUCGUAUAUUAAACACGCUCCAGCAAACCCAAAAAAUUCUAAAUUUGUGUAUCACGAUGACAAUGUGUAA